GGCGUUGAAGCUGAAGCUCGAGGGUCAUUUUCGACAACCGAAGCUGCGUGGCAGAACGUGUUCGAAAUCGGUUCCUAUAUUUGCACGAUUGUUUUCUCGCGACCUGAUCAAUUCGGGUGGCCUGCUCUCAUUAGUACGCUUGCGGUGGGAGUUGCGGGAUUACUAUAUGCGUUGUUUUGGAGAAUGCAGCGAGACAACUGA